CAAUGACAAUGGAUGUUUUGAUCAGAAUAUAAACUUUACGAGUAAUGAAGUAACUCAAUCAUCUAGUCAAGAUAAGAGAGUAGGAAAACGACGUUUAGCUGAGCAACCAACUUUGACAUCACAUCCAAAAAGAAUUAGAAACUCUAUUGGAAGCAGCUUGGCUAAAUCUGUUGAUAGAUGGACAUCAAUAGCUGAGGAACAAAUAAGGCUACAACAUGAACCAAACAACACGUCUGCGGAGAAAUUAAUGCCUUUGAUAUUGGAACUAGGCUUGUGUGAUGAAUGGAAUAUACAAAUUAUUAACCUCCUAACAAAUGAGAGAAAUGCUGAAUUCUUUGCUGCUAUGGCUCCAGAACUUCGGAAGAAAUAGGCCAUGAGCAAACUUGCUUUAUUUGAGUGAUGUCGUUAAAAGCAUGUUUGUUGUUUGAGCAAUGUUAUGGGCUAGUAUCUUGUUCUCUUUUGGAUUAUAUAUUCCUAGAGUUUUGCUGGAAACUUAUCAUAUGUUUUGUUGAAGUUUGACAUGAAAAUAUUAUGUUAUCUCUUUUUUGUUUUGAAUUUCUGCUACAUUUUGUUCCAAGUUGACAUUAUAAGAGUAUUAUGCUUUUUCUUAUGCCAUUACAGUUGGAAAAUUAAUUCUUUUCUAUGUCAAAUAGGAUGGCAAAUGAAGAUCAAUUCAUGAUGUUUCUUGCAAAAUGUGUACUUUUAGUUAGCAUUAUUGGAAAAUAUUUAGGUGUUGGACCAAAAGAAAGAGUGCACCGGUCAAUUUUAACUGGAGCAGAUUUUAUUAAAGAUUUGACUGAAAGACAUCCUUGUGGAUGCUAUGACCUACUACGUAUGAGUGUUGGAUGUUUCUUACAACUUGUAGAUGAGAUGAAAACAAGAGGUCUAUUAACUGAUUCAAGAACCGUUAAAGUUGAGGAACAGUUGGCUAUAUUUCUAUUUACGUUAGCUCAUAAUGAGAGGAAUAGAGUUGUGCAAAAUCGUUUUCAACAUUCAGGAGAAACAAUUAGUCGGUAUUUUAACAAGUGCUUGAAAGCUUGUCUACAUUUAGGAAAACACUAUUUCAAGCAGGCAGGAAGAAGUAUCCCGCAAGAAAUAUCCUCUAAUCCACUUUUCUAUCCUUGGUUCAAGGAUUGUAUUGGAGCUAUAGAUGGAACUCACAUUCCUGCAUUAAUUCCCGUGGAAGAGCAACCAAGAUAUAGAAAUCGUAAAGGAGUUCUUUCUCAAAAUGUCCUUGCUGUGGUAGAUUUUGAUAUGAACUUUCAAUACGUGCUUGCUGGUUGGGAAGGCUCUGCUUCAGAUUCUAGAGUUUGAAGAAAUGUUGUUUGGGAGAGAUCAGAAAAUAAGUUGAAAAUUCAAAAUGGAAGAUGUUACAUAGUUGAUGCAGGCUAUGCAAAUACAAAGGGAUUUCUAGCACCUUAUCGUGGUGUACGAUAUCAUUUAAGAGAAUGGAGCCAAACACAAGCACCACAAAAUGCUCGUGAACUCUUUAACUUGAGACAUUCAAAGCUUCGAAAUGUCGUGGAGAGGACAUUUACUGUUUUGAAAAAAAA